GUAUUGACAGAAAGAAGUAAAGUGUGGUGAAUGCUUCAAGUGGACACCACGAAGUUGAAGAAUUAACUUUCCAAAGUAAGUUACAUUUGAUUUUUACACUGUGUGCUUUCAUAUUAUGGGAGCAAUAGGAGUGCGGGCUUGCAAAUUUUAAGAAAUGUGGAAAUUAAUCCUACAGCACGUUUACACGCUGUGAUUUCUGGUGUGCGAUUCGUAUUAUUGUGUAUGUAAUCGAAUAAUUAAGCACGCGCAAAGUAGCUGCAUUUCAAAUUUUGCCACAAACAAAAUGAAGAGGGAUCAUUGAGCGUUGGCAGUAAUUUUCAUCGGCAGAAUGCGAAACAUAGACGACAAAUCGCAGCGUGCGUAAACGUACAUAAAGUUAACGGACACGGACAAAACGUGCAUGGACAAAAACGAAACGAAUCACUCCAAAACCGAAAUCUUUUUGCCAGUUUUUUGCAUACAUCCUAAAGACCCAUACAGAGCGGUCGCGAUUUGGCAACCGGCGACGCGAAUUUUCAAUGACUUUAAUAUUUUUUAUGUUUUUCAAAUAUUCGGAACCACCUAAGCAAUUUUAGCUAUUUGGUCUGCAUAUCUUGUAAAUUUUUAUCCGUUCACAGUUGUAUUUGUUUUCAUAAAAACUGAAAAAAAUCGAAUCGCGUUCGGUCUGUAUGGGCUUUGAUCGUCAUUAGACGUGUUUCGCCAAGCACCAUAACGAUGUUUAAUUCGGCGGCUAUCUAAGAUAAUUUGGAGCACGUAGUCCUUUUUUGUUCUUGUUUUAUAUAUAGCGAAUAAAUAAUUUGGUCACUUUAAUUUGUGGUAUUCGACAGAUACUUUAUCUAUGAAGUUCCCUAGUAUUUGCUAUUUUACUUAUUUAUUAUAUUUUAUUCUGCAAGAUAUGCCACACACAAACAUAAAUACCACUAAACCAUUACGACACAAUAUGACAUAAUUUACAUGCAGUAUAUAGACAGGGACUGAUCACAGAAAUAAUCCAAUAACCGCGGGUCCCGAACAUAUACUAACAAUUCAUCUAUCGGCAACUAUGUAUCUGGCGAGCGGAUUUGCUUGUGCAUGGUUUGCCAGAUUUGACGUUCGUUUUAACUUAUAAGCCGGUCUGAAUACGCAAUGCGACACAUUUCUCCAUUUACAAAAAUUUUAUGUUUGUAUUAAGAAUAUUCUCAUGAUUUAACAUAUAGGCCUACUCAGUAGGGAGAGCACGAAAAAGUGCAAAAGUUUGUCAAGACAGAAGGUGAGACAAACUCUAGCAAUGAUCACUGAUUACAAUCUCAAAAUGCACUUAAAUGAAAUGUUUUGGCUAUUGUAUUUUAAAGUGGCGUUACAGCCGUCACUUUGACGCAUGAGUCGAAUUCCUCAAACAAUUACUUUUUCAAUAGGUUAAUUUUAGUCUAUAAAGUUGAUAAGAAUCACAUAUAUGUGUAUACAUGUCCAUUUGUGUUCAUUCAUAACAAUUAUAUAUCGCAAUCGAUAGCCAUAAUUGUAAGCAACAAGAUCUCAACACUGCACAUGAGGAGCGGUAACUAAUUCGUGAUAUUCACUACCUCCUUAGCAAGCCUUUCAAAAAUAUAAAAUUGGUGGGAAACGAACGGAAAGUUAGUUAAACUUACAGCUAGCCUUACAGCGGCUUCGUCUCAAACAGUGCUCUCAUUUCCCAUUGCCUGCAGGAAUUCCUUAGAUUCUCGAUAAAACAUUUCUCAGAUUCGGCAAAUUUCCUUAAACGACGGGUAAGCAUGUUUUUUUUUGGUAAUUCAUGGCCUGAAUGAUAUAGAAUUACAAAGUUAGGUUCCCAGAAUUUUUGUCUCAUUUGGGAAUUGGGAUUUUGAGCAGCAUCGUCAAAAGAUAUUUCACAUUGUUGGUCAAGGAAUAUCUUCCUUCGAAAAAUUUUUGCAGUCCUGAAUGCGUAAGACUGCAUUUCUUGCGUUUUUAAAAAGUAUUUUUUGCAUAAAUAACAGCUACAUUGACUGAUUUUUUAAACAUUACUUGGAUAUUUUCAAAUAUUGGAUAAAAACUAAAAAUUCCUUAGAAAUUCCUUAAAAAUUCUAUUUCCAUAAAGGACAUUGGCAAUAAGAAAUUAGUUUAGUUCAUUUGAAAGAACUCUUAAAACUAUAUAUUAAACUCUAUUACAGAUUGUUUAUAGCUUGCUUAGUUUUCAAAAUAUUUCGACUGAAAAAGUGAGCAGUUCGCCAUCUUAGAAUAUUGAGGAUAUGCAUAUUACGUCAAGAGAGGGGUCACGCUAAUUUUUUAUCUUGAGAGUAAGCGAUCAAUAUGGGUCCAAGACUUCGUUUCUGGUUGCUGUCAGAAAUUUAGAAAUGAUUAAAAACAUUUCAAACAAUUUUGGAUUGUUAUUCGAUCAUUUUAGAGUAGUUUUAUAUGGUUAACCCAACUCCCGACGUCAUCAAAACCACAGUUAAUGAGGUAAAGAAUUUUUCCAAGAUGGCGGAAAGCUCAUUAAUUUCGGUCUAAAUAUUUCGAGAACUAAGCAAGAUAAUUAUGACAAAUCGGUAAUAGAAUUUAAUAUAUAAUUUCAAGAGUUCUUUUGAAUGAGACAAACUAAUUUUUUAUUGCCAAUGUCCUUUAAAAGUCUCUCUAAAAGGUCAAAAUUUCCCCAGUUUAAGGAAAUUUCCUUAAAAAUGAGAGCCCUGGACUCUCAAAUUUCAACUCUUAACCUGCGAACGGGCCUACUCAUUACGGGCUGUAUGGCCUGCGGAGGAAGUAGUGACAUUCAGUCUUUCUCAACAGGGGCCAGUUCGCGUCGAUCCCGAGCGAUCGACGGCUCGAAAUUUCAUACUUUCGGUUCAGUGCAUGCUAUGAAGACAGAAAUACCACCAUUCGAUUCAGAAAUAAAAUAUCAACUAGUUCCAAACGAUAGUUAUAGUCAUUAUUAGUAUUGUAACGAUUUAUGGGCCUUUGAAAGUCAAAACGAUCAUAUUGUAUCAAAUUACGCAAUUGUCUAAACAAAAAUACAGAUUAUUAUAGACUAGCCAUACCUUUCGCCGAAAAUAACUUCGGCCCCAUCGAACAUAUCGUCUUUGUAAUAGUCUUGUUCGAAUCCCCAUUAAAUAGUGUUUUUGGAGUGUUAUUUGCAACCCUGACUGUACAAAUCUGUAUCUUUUAUCAAUAUAUUUCCAUUUCUUGUCCGACUGUGAGCUCGAAGUGAAUUAAUCCCAACCGGAAAUACGACCAAAAACCGUCAAAACAAUGCGGCGUUUGUAUCGUAUGACCCUGGAAAGGCCAGAAAUGGUUCGCAAGGUCAAAUUGCACCUACACGCGUGAGUUUGACGUCAUCCCGGCCAAAGGAGCUUCUUAUUGGCCAAUUAUUGCGCAAUGUACGCAAGUGCGAGUAAAAUCCGAUAUCUUGAAAAAUUCAAAAUAAAUAUUUCUAGUCGGCGUAUACAUACGAAACUUUCUACACGAAAGCGCUUGAAUACAGAGAGUAUUUUACACGUAUAGCCGUUUAGCAAAUGACAAAAAGUUCAAGGGGUAUUCAAGAUCUUGUGGAUGUGAAAUUUAGAAUCUUUGGCCAAGCGGUGAGUAAAUAUAUGAUUGUUUCGCUUUGUGUAAUGUUUUGACGGCACUUGACCCCCCGUUCGAAAAGUUAUUUUAUGAGGAUUUCAAUGGUGGCAUUUAUUUAAAAGGGGGGUAAAUACUCGCCGAGAUAUUUAUAUUAGAAAAAUUGAAUCGAAAUGUAAUGCGAAACCGGCCUGUCGGGAAAGAGAUAUUAUUAAUUAAUUAAAUUAAUUAAGAACCAAUAAUUUAUUAAUUUCAAUAAGACUACAAACGAAGGGGUAGGUAUUUUUCGAGUUAAGCCCUUCGAGUUAAGCCCUCCGAGUUAAGCCCUUUUCGAGUUAAGCCACUGCUACGCCCUUUUUCGCUGAGAGCUUAACUCGAAGUCAAUUAACGAUUUAAGCGUUCGAGUUAAGCCCAGACAUUUGGUGGAUGUAAGCAAGUGACGCGUGUAUACUCGCAAAAAUAUUGGCAAAUAUAUGUAAGGAGAAAAAUACCUACCCCCAAACGAAUUAUGAUAUUCAAGUCAGAUGUGUACACAUGUAAGUACUGUAGCUAGAAUAUGAACAGCCAGUCUGUGUGGGUGCUUAAAAAUUUCCUUUAUUUGUUAUAAUUGGUGCGAUAUAUAUCACGUACGACAUCAGUCAUUAGCGUGAUAUAAAAAGUGAUUCGGGGGUGGAAGGAAAAUGCUUUUCCUUUAAGUUUCAAUAUUCCUACCCGAAUUAUUCUUAAAAUACUAGGGAGGAGCGGUAUUGGUGCAUUCACAUUUUGUUUCAUAUAUUCACAUUCCUAUACUCGAUCCUGAUAUUCAUUGUCAUAGAUGUUCAUAUUCCUACUAUAAAUAUUUAUAUUCCUAUUGUUCAAACUAUAAUCCAAUAUUCAAUACCCAAUACUCCUUUUCCACCCCUGAAAAUUACUGUUGAUAGCGUUUCUAUCCAAUUCACCACUUUUGAUGACAAUUACUUCUGUUCUAUUUCACGAGUAUUUCUGUUCUUCCCUCUAUCGGUAUAGAAAUCAUAUCUUUUGUUGUAAAACGUGCCUUGUUACACCUUUGGGAAUUUAUUAUAGCUUCUAAAACGAACAGCAAACCAAAAAUGUAAAAUUACAAAUUCAAUACAGUCAUUUCGCUAAAGAAUGCAUUUAUGUACAAUUCAUUUAAAUUCCCAAAGGCAUAACAACAGAUCUUUCCCCUUUUGAGUGAAAUUUUGAUCUAGACAAGUCUGGACAAAAUUUCAUCACAGCUUGAAAGAGUGUCACAAAAUUAGUAAUAUUCCGAAGUUUCGUUGCGAAAUGUUGUAAAAUGCGGUUUUUCAGUCAUUUUGUAUUACAAAUGGGAAAUUGAUAAUCAGUUUGAUCAUCAGUUUGUACUAUAAAUAUUGCGCCAAAUUAACACGUGUGAUUUUUCAUUAAUACUUCGAGAACAAGUGUAAUUUCCUAUUAAUAUCAUUUUAUAUUCAAUUUUACACGAGCAAUCAAUGAGCACAGUCAUACGGCGACCUCUGCAUGUGGUCAAUUUUGAGAGCACUUUCCGGACAUUAAUUUUCAAUUCAUACCUAUAAAAACUGUAAUAACCUUUGUUUCUUCUUUUUCUUUGUUAUGAAAGCAUAAAUAAGAGCUCAGAAAAUGUACAUUUUCAACUAAAGUUGUUUAUUUUUAAGUUGACAUUUUGUUUUUAAUGCACGCAUGAUCCACGCGGGUUCGUAUCCGUGCCGAUUAAUCUUUAAUCGGCACACCUGUGCGAUUAAUGUUUAAUCCGCACGGUUUAUAACCAAUCAGAAUCGAGUAAAUUGACUAAAAUGAUAUUAACAACAAAAGAGCUGAUUUCUAAAGAGGGUACUUACUUUUUUUGGGACACCCUGUAGUUCAAGAGAACAACAGUGCCUAAUAUAGCUAUCAGCACAAUAGAUGUCUGCUUAUUCCCGACAUGCGAUAUUGCCAAACUAUUCGAUUUCGUGUAAGACACCAUGAUCGUAUAUUUACAAUGACUAAUACCUGUCAACGCAAUUUAUCAUAGCGAGCCAUUUAAAACCAGCAAAGGAAAAUGAUUAGCGGAAUGAAACUUGGGCCAUGUUUCGUCGAAAUGGUGUUUUGUGAAGAAAAUCAAUUACUUUGGAAUGUAUCUUUAUACUACGAUUGGAAUGAGGACAGUCUUUCAGUAUUUUCUGGAACAGCCUGUUAUCACGUCUAUAGUGCACAAUGCAAAUAUAGUGCGCAAUUAUAGUGUUAAUUAUACGACAACUAUUAUAUAAAAAUGGUAGAAAUCUCCGCCUUCAAGAAGGAUUUAGACAUAAUAUCUGACAUAUUUGUUUCAAUAAGAACGCGACACGCAGACAACACUGGUAAUUUACAAUAGAGAGGUUCAGACUUGACUUGCACUAGCAAUGCGUCUCACUGGCAUUAUUACGCAUUUGAUCAUCGGCCACUCGGAUAGAUUAAACGGAUCUGAUUGGUUCUAGCUGUGUAACUGUUGACGUCAAAAUCCAAACCUUUCUACCAUACCUGUAUACAACUGAUUUUAAAAUUUUGUCCUAUAUAUAUAGCCAUUUUAAGUAAUCUUUUCAAAUGCAAUGAAGAAAUUUUGUGUCAUACGCACUUUAAAGAGUACAUUAGUAUUGUUUUUCGAUUUCAGUGCAAAUUUAGCAGUGCAAAUGUAAUUAUCUUGUGUAUUUACGCAAAGUGUAAAAACCGUAAGUGAUGUUAAAUAAAGUUCACAAGAGUAAAUUAGUACGCUAAUGUUUGACGAUGAUAGCAACUAACAAGAAGUGCCUUAUACUUAUGCUAAUCUUAAUACUAAAUAUGCCCGCUACCAAUCGGUGGUGAUGGAUUCGGCUCCAGGUUAUGGUGGGACUGGACUAUCUUAGCCCCCAUAACCAGAAAUUUCUCCAUCACUUCUACGACAAAUCCACCUUUUCUGCACCGGGAUGUGUACAAUACAUACCAACCCUAAAAUGUCCUCAAACCUGACACGAAGUUAGUGCGGACACAGAAUAUUCCCCAAACAACCCACGCGACAGCUCUGGGGCACUACAACUAAAUGGAAAGGUUAGGGUAGACAAGGUACAGCCACUAGCAAGGCAAGUGACGACAAACAGAAAAGAUAAUAAAUAACGUGGGAAGGGAAGGUGGGGAAACGUUGAGAGCAACUGAUAGCCAGGUUUCUAAUUCACUAACUAUUUUAAACGCUUGCCGGUUACCGGGGUUCGUCGAUAAUAUAUCUAGCGAAGGGAAUCAACUCCCACUGUUACCUUGCCAUUACCUUAUAAACCCAUUAAAUUAAAACUUUAUUUAAAUUCAUCAUUAGUGUUGUACAAUAUACCAAGCUAUUUUUAUAUCAAUUGCUUUGGAAUGUAUCUUUGUGCUACAAUAAUAUUGCAAUGAGGACAGUCUUUCAGUAUUGUGUCUGGUACAGCCUGUGAUCACGUCUCAACAACAAACAUAGUGCACAAUUAUAGUGUUAAUUAUACGACAACUAUUAUAUAAGAAUAUAAAGAAAUCUCCGCCUACAAACAUAAUUUGGACAUAUCUGACAUAUUUUCUUCAAUAAGAACGCGAUACGCAGAUAACACUCGUAAUUUACAAUAUGGAGGUUCAGAUUUGGCUUGCACUAGCAAUACCUCUCACUGGCAUUAUUACGCAUUUGAUUGGUGGUCAUUGGCCACUCGGUAGAUUAAACGGAACUGAUUGGUUCUAGCGGUAUACCUGUGGACCUCAAAAUCCAAACCUCUCUACCAUACCUAUAGUCAUUUUUAAGUAAUCUUUGCAAUGCGAUGAAGAAAACAUUGGGUCAAAUUUCGUGUCAUUCGUACUUUAAAGAGUAUGUUUAAUUUAAUUUAAUAUUGUUUUUAGAUUUCGGUGCAAAUUUAGCAGUGCUAUUAGUAUAAAUUAUCUUCUGUAUUUACGCACAGCAAGUGUAAAAACAGUAAGUAAUGUUAAAUAAAUUUCACAAGAGUACAAUCGAGUGUUAAGACAGUUUGACGAUGAUAACAACUAAUAAUAAGAAGCGCCUUAUACUUAUGCUAAUUACAUUAAUUAUGCGCGCGGACCAGGAACUGAAUCUAUCCCCGCUGAUCGGCAUGGUGCGACUGGACCAUCUUAGCCCCAAUAACCAGGCGAGGAUUCAUAGAUAUUUCUUUAACCAAUGGACCUCCUCCAUCCCAUCUACGACAAGUCAACCUUUCUGCACAGGGAUGUGUACAAUACGUAUAAACACGAAUUGCUCAUUAAAAUGUCCUCAAACCUGACACGAAGAUAAUGUGGAUACAGAAUAUCCCCCAAACAACCCGCCCGACAGCUCCAGAGCACUACAACCAAGUGAAAAGUUUAGGUUAAACAAGGUAGAGACACUAUAGUAAGGCAAGACGAACGAAAACGAGAAGAAGAGAGGGUGGGAAAAAGUUGAGAGCAACUGAAAGCCAGGCUUCCAAUACACUAGCUACUUUUACCGAGGUUCUGGCCCCGGAGAAAUCGCCGAGACAAUAUUUAGCGAACCGAAUCAACCCCCACUGUUAACUUGCUUUUAUUGUUAUAAUACCCAUUAAAACUUUAUUUAGAUUUUCCAUUAGUGUUGUACAAUGUACCGCGAGCUAUUUUUAAAUGCCUAUAUUGUGGAAAUAUUUUCCUCAAUAAGAAAAACGUUUUGUUAUUUCCAUUAAUUGUGGUCCGGAAUACAUCUGUUUUUUUCCUUCUUGAUAGCUAUAAAUAACAAAUAGGGGAGCAACUACCUGAAAAAUAUAAGGAGAAGUUCGACGUUUCGAAGGUCAUUCGUCUGGAGUUACUAGCGGGGUUCGGGAAUAUAUAAAUGGGUUUAGUCAAAACAAAGUGUAAACAAAAAAAUUAAAUCGCAUUACAGAAUACAAACAUAUUUUGAAAACUACAGCAAAUAGCUACAACAAAACAUAUGAGACAUGCACGGAAUAAGCUUCCAAAAAAGGUGUAGAACUCCAGCUUCAAGUAUGAAGGCCACUGUCAAAGUACAAGGCCUUAAACGUAGCUUGGGCCAAAUGAAAAUCUCUUCGUUCUUUGAUUGGAAGCCAUCCCAAUUUCAAGACAUUCAAUUAAUUUAGUGGCAUAUCUUCCGACAACAAAACCAGCAGCCGCACACUGCACACGCUGAAGACUUUUCAUGACAGAUAUUCAGGAAUUGGAUGGCUCACCAUAUCAUUAUAAUCCAGAUUUGAUGGCACUAGACACUCAGAUAACUGCUUUCUGAUUUUGUAAGGGGCAAGAUCUUCAGUUUUCUUAGUACGGAUAAGGUUUUGUAACAGCUGAUUAUUUUUUACUUAUUUCAUUUGUCCAAGUUAAAUGAUGAUGCAAUUGGGUACCUAUCAAUCGAGCGCUAUCAAGUCGUUCGAGUUCGUUUCCGCCUAUACGCAGGCCAGUGACCAGCUGUUUUGUCUUGCUUCGUCACUGACUUGUUGCGCAUGGAAAGCAAAUUGUAUAUAACUUACAGAAAACGAUGACUCUUGCCACUUUUAACAAAAAUUAUGUAGCUCUUGUUUCUAUAGUAACCAGAAUGCUGGAAUACUUCUGACAUUUUGGUUAUGAAUUAAUUUAACCGAAAAAAUAUAUCUGAGUCCAGAUAUUCAUGGAAGAAUGAAUUGCCAGAGGUAGAAGGCGCAUGCACUACCAAUUAACUGUUUCACGAACAUCGCUUUCGUAACUCUGUUUCUUAUUUUUUUAAUAUCCUGUCUCUUUUCAUAAUUUCACUUUUAUUUUUUGUAGAUGUUGAUAUUUGCAUUCCUCGUGUUUGCAGCGCUCGUUCUUCACAGCAGUUCAAGUAAGAUUCUUUAGUAUAGGCUAUAUUUCUGAGUCAUACACUUGCCACAAGGGACAUUUCCCAUAAAAAUAUUCUGAGAGAUAAUAAUAAAUAUUUGACAAACGAUCAAAUUUAGAGCGAUCUGUUAUCCACAAAACAGCCUAGUUAUUAUAUAUGCUGUCCAUCUGCGAGGCGCAAAAACGACAAGACUAUCAAAUAUAUUUUCUUCAUAUAGCCUUGUGUUCAAUCUAGAAGAUGUAGUAGAAAAAUAUAUCAAGCGAUCGGCCCGACUGCCUUUACUUUAUAUUUACUUAUCUACACAUUUACCUUAAUAUUUUCUGUUUUUAGAUGUUUGUAAUAUCCCUGUAGUUGUCUACUAUGGUCCUAGUGCAAUAAAUUACCGAGUAACCGUUAAUAACAUGACAACCUCGGGACGUCUUGUUAGCGGAGGAGCGGAAGACAUGGACUACGACCGUUUCUCCCGACGUUUGUUCUCCUAUGUGUCAGGCAACGUGUACAGCAUUGAACAAGAUGGUUCAGAUUUAAGAGACAUAGCAGCAGCAGGAAAUGUUGAGAGGUUCACUGUGGAUGGACGAAACAAUAUCAUCUAUUACAUCAAUGAUUUAACUGACACUGUUUACAAGUUUAAUAUGACAAACUCAGUCGAGACUGAUCUUGGUAUACGUGCCAAGGGCAUUGACAUGGACAGCGUAAAUAAGUAAGUCUAUACUGCUAACUAUCAAGACAAAUCAGAAAUAUUUUGAUCCAGGUGCUACAAAGUGCCCUGGUCGCCCUAAACAACUGUCCUAGCUGACGCUGGAUUUGAUGAAUAAUAUGCAAUUUGGCAUUUGAAUUAAGUCAGGUUCUAGAUUUCGAAAACUAAUAAUACUUCAAAAACUAAUUUGUUUUCAAUUCAUUCACUUGAUUUAAAACGUGAAGUCGAAUUGAAAUUAUCUUCUGCCAAUUUUGCGUCUAAUGUAUAUACUUCAGUUGUAAUACUUGGAAUAUGGUAAUAGGUUUGACAAUUUAUUUAUAGCUUGUCUCAAUCUCAAAUAAGAUUUUGAAUUUUUGUGUUGUGACAUAGCUAGUUGUGCUUGAGAUGGCAGCUCAAAGAACUUGAAACUUGAAAGAAGGAAGUGCAGGAUCUCAGAAGUGAUUAAACGAAAUCAAAUGAAAUCUGGUACAGAUAGUAAGUGUAGUUAAGGAACAUUUUGGAACGUUUAUGAUUACAAGGUCUCUGUUCCUAUUUAUUCAAUUCGUUGCUUUCAACAAUGACGAAAGGAAUUUCGGGGAUUUUUCCUUUUUUGAUGCUGUCGUGAUUAUAACAUAUUGAACUGAACAAAAUUUUCUACGUCGUUUCUACGUCAAGAUUUUCUACGUCUUAUUAUCGUACAAACUUUUCCAAGUGUCUACGGCAGACAUUAUUAAAAUAGGAAGUGAGAGACUUUCCAACUUGUGUGUUGCUAUGACAACCACAUAAAUGUUCCAAAAUAUUUGCUUAGGUGCACUUACUAACUUUACCAAACUUGAUUUAAUUCAGUUGAAUCAAUCGUGAGAUAUUAGACAUUCUCUCUUUGCUGCCAUCUGGCAUAAAUUGUGACGUCAUAACACAAAUAUACAAAAUUCCAGAUAACUUGCGAAUAAGAUGAGCAGGGAAUGAAUUGUUCAAGCCAUUCUUUAUCAUUUUCAAAACUUUCAAGUGAUGCAUAAAAUACUGGGGACAAAGAUUUCGAGUCAUGUGCAUUUUAAUAUACGACAUAGAGUAAUUGAUAUAAAUUAAAUAAGGAACCGGUACCGUUCCAACCAAUCCUUUGAACAGGAAUUUCUGAAGUAAAUUCUUUGUCUUCGUGAUCGGCACUGUAUAACAUAUAUUACGCUGUGAUCUAUAUAAGAUAUUGUAUCAAAGUGUUAACUUACUGAAGAAAUAAAAACGACUAGUGUGCUGAAUCUACCAGUUUAAUAUCCGCUCACGUUUCUUGUAUCCUUUUCUUCUAGUUACCUGGUUAUUGUCAAUACAGGUAGUGGUAGCAACAUAGAGCGUUACAAUGUUGAGACAGAAAUGUUGGAUGUAAUCAAAUCAGGAGGUGACUUUCCUCAGGAUGUUUCUGUCGAUGCUGAUAAUGGUGUAGUUUACUGGGUGGACGUCAUAGAUGAUGGUUCUACGUUUAAAGUCAUGAGAACCUCAUAUGCUGGUGAAACAAAAGACUUGAAUAUUACUUAUCCUGACACAAUCGAAAUAGCUCUGGAUGAACUUUACUUAUAUGUUCUGGUUGUUUCAAAUGAGACAAUCUAUAAAUAUAAAAAAAGCACAUGGGAGCAAAUGGGAAGUAUUGUUGUUCCUAGUGGUACAAGUGGAAUUGAAGUUGCAUUUGGUGAGUAUCAGAGCUGAGUCGCUGUGUCAAUAAAAUUAAUUAUAUUUUCAGGCAGAAAACAUGUUUAUUGUACUCCUGUCCUAAUCUGUUUGACUAAUUGUUCGGCAAGAGUGCAUUAAAUGGGCAUAAAUACUUAUGUGACAUGCGGAAUGAACAUGCCAUUUGCCAUUAUUUUUAAUGAAGUCCAAGUAUUCAUGUUUUGAUUUGAUGGGAACAAAGACGACCACUUUAUGUAUACUCUUUUCAACUGUUACUCUGUUAGGUGGAAGUCUGAAAUAGUAUGCAAAGUAAAGUAGUUCUAGUAAAUGAAACACAACUAGCGAGCAUAGAUAUAAAUAUGACAGGGACAGUAAACAUAUGUAUUUAGAGAGAUAGGUCUACAAAUAAAUACAUUCAAAAAUUCUGAAAUUCUGAAAGGAAGGACAGCAAGUCAUUAUUUUUUCAGUGGCAAAGUCUAAAAUUCAUUAAUAAUCGUAUAAGCGCACUGCCUCGUACCCAGGCGCUUUAAAUAAUUAUAAUACAUGAACUAUUAAGGUAGGUAGGCGACGCGCGAAGGGUCUGUCGGGAAGGAUGCGUGCUGGGGAGCGUCCGGCAGUUCUUGUAUACUGUCAUGACGGGAAAACAUGGAAUUUAAUACAAAAAGUUACCAUAUCGUCAUAUACUCUGUGUGUAAAAUUGAAACUUAAACCUGUAAGUUGAAGUUUGACGUAGAUUCUACGAAAUAUUGGUUAUUUAGCUAAGGAGUCACGUGAGAUAUGCGCGCGAAGCAAGCUAGAUCACACUUUAAAGCAGAAGGGUCAUGACAUCACAACCUGGGAGGGAGAUUGUGCAAUACAAUGUGUAGGUCAUAUCCCAACACUGGGAGGGAAGGUUGACUCCUUAGCUCAAUAACCAAUAUUUCGUAGAAUCUCCUAAACUUCAACCUACAGGUAAUUAAGUCUC